CGAACGCUGGGGCGGGACCAAGGGGCGUGGCUUCCCUCAGGUGCCGCGAGCGCUAAGGUUUCACUGAAACUGGCGCAGCGUUGGGGAGGAGCGCAGAGGCUACAAUUAGAGGCAGGUGAGAGGGCGGCUUUCUCUCCGAGCGGCGAGUGGAGGUCUGAGUUUCGAGUCAUUGGCGGCGAAUUCCCCGCUCGCUGGGCGACGGGACUGGUGGAAGGAUGCGAAGGCCGAACGCGGUGUGGCUGCUGGGGGGCACCAUCCUGCUGGCGGCCUCUGCCUCCUGCAAUCACACCAUCCCAGGAGUCAAUAGAUCCACUAAAGGAAGAAGUCUCAUUGGUAACAAGGUCAAUGGCCCAUCUCAUAUCUCUGGGACGGAAGUUACAGUGGAGCAGAGCUUUUCUGUGGACGAGUUUUCUGCCUCCCUCCUCACUGGAAAACUGACCACCGUCUUUCUUCCAGUCGUCUACCUGGUUGUGUUUGUGGUUGGUUUGCCGAGUAAUGGCAUGGCCCUGUGGGUCUUUCUUUUCCGCACAAAGAAGAGGCACCCCGCUGUGGUUUACAUGGCCUGUCUGGCCUUGGCCGACCUCCUCUCUAUCAUCUGGUUACCUUUGAAGAUUGCCUAUCACAUACAUGGCAACAACUGGAUUUAUGGGGAAUCUCUUUGCAAGGUACUCAUUGGUUUUUUCUAUGGCAACAUGUAUUGCUCCAUUCUGUUCAUGACCUGCCUCAGCGUGCAGAGGUACUGGGUCAUUGUGAACCCCAUGGUGCACACCAAGAAGAAUGCAAACAUUGCCAUCGGUAUCUCCCUGGGAAUAUGGCUGCUGAUUCUGCUGGCUACCAUUCCCUUGUAUGUCGUGAAGCAGACCACUUACAUUCCAGCCCUUAACAUCACCACCUGUCAUGAUGUUUUACCGAAGGAGGUGUUGGUGGGGGACAUGUUCAAUUAUUUCCUCUCUCUGGCCAUUGGAGUCUUCCUGUUCCCAGCCAUCCUCAUGGCUUCUGCGUAUGUGCUGAUGAUCAGAACACUUCAGUCUUCGGCCAUUGAUGAAAACUCGGGAAAGAAGAGGAAGAGAGCCAUCAAACUUAUUGUCACUGUCCUGGUCAUGUACCUGGUCUGCUUCACCCCUAGUAACCUUCUGCUCGUGGUGCAUUAUUUCAUGAUCAAACACUGGGGCCAGAGCCACGUCUACGCCCUGUACCUCGUAGCCCUCUGCCUGUCCACCCUCAACAGCUGCAUCGACCCCUUCGUCUAUUACUUUGUAUCAGAAGACUUUAGGAAUCAUGCAAAGAAUGCUCUUCUUUGUCGAAGCGUCCGUACAGUAAAGCGGAUGCAAGUAUCCCUCACGUCAAAGAAAUUCUCCAGGAAAUCCAGCUCUUAUUCUUCAAGUUCAACCACCAUUAAAACCUCCUACUGAGUAUUGCAGAUCCCCUGGUGGGUUUCACAGGAAGAAUUGGAGCUUGCUUGAUGUUAUGGAGAUAUUUCUGUUGUUUCCUAACCAAGUGGCUCUUUUCACAUACCAUGUAUAUGCAGCACCUCUCAGGAUUGCUGGAAGCUUCCCUGUUUGCAUGAGGAAAAUCUGCCAAAUUAAUUCCUUUACUCAGAUGCUCCUAGAAAUGGAAUUUAUAGAAGCAAGAAGCAGACUUUUUAGAAGGUGGUAAAAACAAAAACAACCCCAAAAUCAGAAACCCUGUGACUUGCAAGAACUGGUCUUAGCUUGAAGCCUAACUUCUCAGCUGGAACUACCUUUCUUGUACAUUUAGGCUUAAUAACAGUCUUGUUAGGGCUUAAGGGCCCUCAGUGAUGACCAGUCCAAUUGACUGACUUGACAGAUAAGGACAGAAGAGAUGAAGGAGCUGCCCUGAGUCAGGCUUUCAACCAAUGGCGUCGAGUCAGGAUUGGAGAGCAGAAUUUAAAUGGUCGGUGGGGUACUUGUGCCAACUCAUCGGAAUCACGGGAGGUCUUGUUUGAAAAUGCAGGUUCGUCAGACUCGGGGGUGAGAGCUCAGAGUCUGGGAACAGGGCCCAGGAGCCUGCCUUCUAAAAUGAGCCUCUGGGUGAGGCUCGAGCAUACUGGGUUUGUGAGCCACUGGUGUGGCUCACCAGUUUUAAAAAGAGAAGCAAACAGAAUGUUUUGUGUCUCUUUUAUGUUCAGCUUUUAAUGAAAUCGGUUUGUUGACUUACUGGGUCUUUCAAUUUCUUUAUUGAUCUUGAACUUUUAUAUGUAUCAUUAUCACUCUGAGGAAAAUACAGUGUGGAUUUUAAACAUGAAAAUACAAAUUUUAUGUAACUUUUUACUGACUUCAGUGAAGUCUUCAGAUAGCCUGAGUUUCACAACUAGAAAUAGAAUUUACCACUUAGUAUUUUAAGAAAUUAUUUAUUGUCAGUUUUGUUUCUCUGUUAUCAAAUAGGAACUUAUUGGAUGUGAACCACAUCUUUUUGGAAAAAACCACUAAAAUACAUGUGAUUUGCAGUAAAAUAUCUAAGAGGUACUUGACUGCAAACUGACUAUACAACUCGUAUUUGUGACAUUUUGAAAUAAUUAUUUUAUUGCAUGAUUUAUAAACAAUAUGACUUUUUUUACAAUGUCUUUCUGAAUUGUGAGUGUGUGUGUGUAUGUAUGUCUGUUUGAGGGAAGGAAUUUUUAAAAAGGAAGCAAUGUUAUUAUUCUAAGAAGAAAUGAUGUAAUGCUCACUCCUUAUUUUUACAUAAGUAGGGCCAUGCUGUA